AUGAUGUGGCAGGGCGCAGCCAUACGCGUGGCUGGCGCGGCCAUGCGCCGCCUCCACCGGUGGAGCCGCCUCCUACACUCGGCGCUCUUCUACAACCACGGCGCGGUGGUCGGGUGCCACCAUUGCCCAGAGCCCAACCACACCGAGACAGGGCUUCUUUGGCGCGUUCCGCUUCGCCAUUCGCGGCGUGCUCCGCGAGGUCGUCCUCGGCAGCACCAGGGCGUAGUGGCGGGGCGAUCGCGGCCUGAAGUUGGCCGUGCUAACGACCGAGCUACCCUGUUGGCUCAGGGAUUGCGUCUAUUCAAGAAUAUGGGGAGAAAGAGCAACCCCAUUGUCUUUCUGGAUGUAUCUGUAGGUGAUGAGCCAGAUGAAAGAAUGAUCUUUGAGUUGUUCGCUGAUGUUGCACCCCUUACGACUGAGAACUUCAGAGCUUUAUGCACAGGUGAGCUGGGAAUUGGACAGAAGACUAAGAAGCCAUUAUGUUACAAGGGAUCAUCGUUCCACUGUGUCAUCAAGGGGUUCAUGGCACAAGGAGGUGACAUUGCAAAAGGAAAUGGGUCUGGUGGAGAAAGCAUAUAUAGUGGAAAAUUUGCAGAUGAAACUUGUGUUCUACCUCAUGAUGAUCGUGGUCUCUUGACAACGGCAGCAGAUACUGGUUCCAAAGCUAGUGGCUCCCAGUUCUGCAUUACUUUCAAGCCUAAUUCUCAUCUUGACAGGAAGCACACAGUUUUUGGCAAGCUUGUUGUUGGAAGUGAUGUUCUGAAGAGGAUCGAGCAAGUAGAUGUGCAAUCCCCUGAUUCAACUCCUGUUGUUCCGGUUACUAUAGUAAAUUGUGGGGAGCUCAUUGACCGCAAAGAUGUUGGAUCUAUAGAAAUUGAUAAAAAGAGGGCUGCCAAAUCAAAGUUGUCAAAGGAUAUAUCUUCUGAUGAGGAAAGUAAUGAAGGACAACACAAGAGACGUCGUAACAAAUCUUCAAAAAGGAGAAGGAAGAAGAGGAGAUAUUCUUAUUCGGAAUCAGAUAGCUCUUCUGAGUCGGAGACUGAAUCAUCUUAUUCUGAAAGCGAUUCUGAUACUUACUCGAGUGACUCAUCUGAUGUCAGCAGCUCAAGUGAUGACAGGCGAAGGCGCAGAAAGAGACACUCGAAGAAAAAUAAACACAAGCGUUCAAGAAGAAAGCGUGACUAUAGGCGCGAAAGAAGGCGUAGGAAGCGUGAUAGGAAAUCAAAACAGAAGCCAAAAAGGAUAAUAAAGGGUGAUAGUGAAGCUGAAAGUACGAGCGAUAGCAGCUCUGAAGAUGCUAGAAGCAAGAGACACCGCCGUGGGCGGAAGUCCAAGGCAUCAUCUCAAGUUUCUGAGGAAAAUCUUGCUGCAGUGGCUGCUUUGAAGGAUGCCACAUCACCUCAACAAAAGAGUGGAAUACCAAGGAGUCCGGCACAAGAUGUCUCCCCCCUGCAAAACGGGGAAAUCCAUACAAAUGGUGUUAAUGAAUCAAAAAUUGAAAGGAAUGCAGCUGUCAUGCCUGUUCUAACUGGCAAUCGAAGCAAAUCUAGGAGCCAGAGCAUGAGUGCUAAUCACUCAAUGAGCAAGAGUAUGAGUAUCAGUCCAAGAAGAAGCCCAAUGAAAAGGUUAAUUACCAGCCCGAAGAGGUCAGUUAGCAGGAGCCCUGUUCACCACAAUCGCAGUAGAAGUCCUGUCUGUACUCCCAAAAGAAGCGAGAGCAGGAGUCCAGCCAGACGGCAGAGCAUCAGCAGGAGCCCUGCUAGGAGCCUCAGCAAGAGCUCACCCAGAGGUGCAAGCAGAAGCCCCCACAUAAGCAGGAGUCCUGUUAAAGCUCACAGAAGAAGCAUCAGCAGGAGCUCAGCUAGGUCCAUGCAACAGAGAAGUCCAAGCAGGAGCCUGGAGAGAGCUCAUGUACGAAAAAGUGUCAGCCCAAGCCCACUAUUGGAGAAGCGAAGAAGCAUUACCCGAACCUCUGUGAUAUCUCCAUUGCGAAGUGUUAGCCGGAGUCCAGUUAGGAUUUCAAGGAGCCCACAUAGGCCUUCUAGGAGAAGCCCUAUGAGAAGUCCACGACGGAACAUUCGCAGAAGCCUCAGCAGGAGCCCUGUGAGAACACUUAGAACAAGUGUGAGCAGAAGCCCAGUAAGAGGUGGCCGACCUCGCAGGAACAUUAGCAGAAGUCCCAGUCCACAUCGCAGGGCAGUAACACCACCAAACAAUGGAAGGAGCCCAUCCAGGAGUGAUUCUCCUGAUGGGUCACCAAAACGCAUAAGACGUGGACGGGGUUUUACACAGCGGUACUCAUUUGCAAGACAAUAUCGCUCACCUUCUGCUGAUCGCUUGCAUCGUUAUGGCGGAAGAAAUGACCGUGACAGAUACAUGGGUUACUGGGGUUCUCGCCAUCGAUCACCUCCUCGACGUUAUAGAAGCCCACCCAGAGGCAGAGUGUCAUCGCCAAGGCAUAGUAGGUACAGGAGGAGGAGCCGAAGCACCUCACGCAGCCCUGUCCACAGAGAAAGAGGAAGGGGAGGUGGAUACAGCAAAAGCCCUGCACGGAGCCUUUCACCCCCACCCAGACCAAGGUCACAUGGUGAUCGUGCACGGUCAGUUUCCAGGAGCCACCUUUCUGGGUCAAGGUCAAGGUCUCCACCAGUGCGUCAUCCCUCCCCACCUGAUUCCCCAUCUCUGAAGCGUGCAAGUGAUGAGAAAUCUCAGUCCCCGUCUCGGUCACUGUCUGGUAGCCCUAGUCGUGGAGGCAAGAAAGGUUUGGUUUCCUACGGGGAUGGCUCUCCUGAUUCAGCUGGGAAGUAG